AUGGCUAGUAUACCAGCCCCGAUAUUUCGGAAACUCCUGCUAGAUGGCACAAAUUCCGAUAGCCGAAUCACCUGCAAAGGCGUCGAGUUUAGAGGCCACAAGCUGAUCUUAGGGUCCGCCUCAGACUUCUUCCGCGUCACAUCUGCGCAAGAGGGUUUCCAGGAGAACGCGACCGGAGUGGUCGACUUGCCGGAAGACGAACCAGAAAUUGUUGCACGCGCGUUGAUCUUCAUCUACACCGCUGAAUACUCGUCCACAGCAUCUGCAGACGUGUCGAAGCUUCUCGGCGAAAGCUUGAUUGAUUCAACAGAAACGGAAGAGGCAACAGGAACGGGAGAACUAACGACAACGGGAGAGCCAACAGAAACAGGAGCACGUCCCGAACUAUCGAAUGACAAACAUCCUGCCGACAGUGCAGAGUCCCCCAAACAAAGCCCUACUGAUGAUCGACGCGACAGACUCCGCAUCAGUACACUGACCUACCAGAUAGCCGACAAGUUCGGUCUUCGGGAGCUGCAGCUGAAGACAUUUGAGGACUUCCGAGAGAUCUUCCACACCUAUGAGCACUCAGUCGGUGGUCUCGAGGAAGUAGUGACGAGAGUGUACGACUGUACCUCGCCUGAUGAUCAGCAUCUGAGGCUCUUCGUUACACGCGAGUGUGUGGAAGCCUUCGACUCAGUUGAGAAAGAUAAAGACAUGCUCAGUGCCAUCAAGACCAACGAACCAGUGGCUUGGGGCCUCGCCAGACCCAAACAAGAGCACAUCAAUGAGGUGGAGCGGAAGCUGAAGAUUGCCGAAGACGCCUUGGUCGAGAAAGGAACGACUCUGGAAGAUCUUCAAGCCAGGUUUAACACGUUGCAGACCAGUCACAACAACGCGAAUUACUACUACAAUCAGACCACCAAGCUGCUCGACAAGGCUAAGGCCGAUAAAAUGACCACAGAGGCUGCGAUCGCAAAGUUCUGUCCCCAUUGUGGCGAAGGCAAGCUCGUGCUCGCACAGUCGCUGUACGACCGAUACAACAAUAAGAAGGAGGGUGAGGUGUCUACGAACUGCAUGGCAUGCGAAAAGAAAUGGAUUUUCAAGGCCGCAUGA